AAGUGUCUGUGUAUAUACUAUAUAUAGAGAGAGUUACAUACAUCUACCCACUCACUUGUCUCUGUGUUGUUUUAACUGUUUGACAUUUGUCCUAUGAGUGCGUGAGGUUGAUGGCUUUUCUGUUUGCCUUUGUUGCUAUUGUGGUGUGGGGUUGUGCUGCGGGUAAAGAGUGCACAAACAAUGAUGCCCAAUCACAUACUUUCCGGUACCAGUUAUCCACAUCCACGAAUGAAACUUGGAACAUAAUGUCACAUAAUCAUUUGACGACAAAGGAUGACCAUUUAUUGGCUGAUUUGCUACCAAGGAAGUUGUUGAAAGAGGAAAAUCAACGUAAUUUGGAUAUGUUGAGGAAAAUUGAGAAAGUGGGUGUGUUGAAGCCACCCCAGCAACCCCAAGAUUUUCUCAAACCAGUGUCUCUGCAUGAUGUGAGAUUGAGUCAAGGUUCAAUCCAUGCUCAGGCACAACAAACAAACUUAGAGUAUCUGUUGAUGUUGGAUGUGGACAGGUUACUCUGGAGCUUUAGGAAGACAGCUGGCCUUCCAACUCCUGGAACACCAUAUGGAGGGUGGGAAGAUCCAAAAAUGGAGCUUCGGGGGCAUUUUGUUGAACCUGGAGUGAUGAUAUAUAUGCUUCCACAAGGUCGUGGGGUUUCCAAGGCUAAAACUUACUUUGGUUGGGGAACCAAGUUUGAUAGUUUCUGGUGCUGCUAUGGGACAGGAAUUGAAUCAUUCUCAAAGCUGGGAGAUUCUAUCUAUUUUGAAGAGCAAGGGGAAAAUCCUACUCUUUACAUCAUCCAGUACAUAUCAAGCUUAUUUAAUUGGAAAUCUGGGCAAAUUAUCCUUAAUCAGACAGUUGUUCCACCUGCUUCAUGGGAUCCUUUCCUACGAGUGUCAUUUACAUUUUCUCCUGCUAAGAAAACUGGUGCUUUGUCUACGCUUAACUUCAGACUACCAACUCGGAUGCACAAGAAUGGUGAAAAAGGCAUAUUAAAUAAUGAGACUUUAACUCUGCCAGGGCCAGGCAAUUUUUUGUCGAUCACGCGAAAAUGGAAUGCUGGUGACAAGCUAAGCCUUCAAUUGCCCCUUACCCUCAGAGCAGAGGCCAUAAAAGAUGAUAGGACUAAAUAUGCCUCUAUUCAAGCAAUUCUUUAUGGUCCCUAUCUUCUUGCUGGUAACACCACUGGUGAUUGGAACAUUAAAACUGCAGCAAAUGCUUCUAUAGCAGACUGGAUUACUCCAAUUCCAGCCAGCUACAACAGCCACUUAUUCUACUUCUCCCAAGCCUUUGCAAACUCGACUUUUGUUUUGACAAACUCAAACCAAUCAUUAGCAGUGAAAAAAGUACCUGAGCCUGGAACUGAUUCAGCUCUUGGUGCCACUUUUAGAGUUAUCCAAGGAAAAUCUUCCACAAAGUUUACCACAUUGACAGAUGCUAUUGGUAAAUCAGUGAUGUUAGAACCAUUUGAUCAUCCGGGAAUGCAAGUGAUUCACCAAGGAAUAGAACUUCCUCUUACAGUCGUAGGCUCUUCCUCUGGUGGACCAUCUUCUGUUUUUGUUGUGGUACCGGGAUUGGAUGGACAAAAAGAAACCAUAUCUUUAGAAUCCAAAAGCCAUAAUGGUUGCUUCGUGCACAGUGGCUUGCGUUCUGGUAGAGGAGUGAAGCUCAGUUGCAAGACUACUUCUGAUGCUACAUUUAACCAAGCAGCAAGUUUUAUUGCCAAGAGAGGAAUAAGCAAAUAUAAUCCUAUCAGCUUUGUGGCCAAAGGGGAAAACAGGAAUUUUCUUCUGGAACCGUUAUUGGCCUUUAGAGAUGAGUCUUAUACGGUUUAUUUCAACAUUAAAGGUUGAUACAGGUUUUUAGGCCUCCUUCUCCCUCUGUGCACUUGAUAUAGGAGUUGAAAUAAAACAGUGUAGGUUCUACACCAAAUAGUUAACUUAUGGAACUCAACGAUCAGUAGAAUGUAUGAAUCAUUUUGGUGCUGCUAUAUGGGAGUAAUGUGGAUUCAUUUUGUACAUUAUUCUAUCAAAAUGAAUCAAACAUUCCCUAUCUGUAAGUUUAUAAUUCUAUUGAAUUGUGAGGUUAAUGUUAUUUCUCUCUUUUUUUCAUCCUUAGAAACGGAUGCAUUCUCACAGUUGGGGAAUUCCAUUCAUUUUGAAGAAGGGAAAGAUGCAACUCUAUUGAAUUGUAAAUAUGGAAUUAUUAUACUGAA